CCGACUCUGGCUUGUUAUGCCCCGCCCACUCCCAGUGUGUGAACCAAUGAAAUGUUAGUAGACAAUGAGGAAGCUUCAGGACAAUACUAGCGUGACUCACAUUUUUACAAACUCACCGGGAUGGCGAACGCAGUUAAGGAAAUCUCCUAUGAGGACCUCCUGGCUCUUCUGAAGCAGAACCAGAACUUGGUUCUAGUUGAUGUGCGCUCAAAGGCAGAAGUGGAUAAUGGCCAUAUCUCAGGAUCCAUUAAUAUUCCACUUGACACUGUGGAGAGUGCUUUUAAAUUACCACCAGAAGAAUUUAAAAGCAAAUAUGGAAAAGUGAAACCAGAAAAGGAUUCAGAUGAUCUGGUGUUUCACUGCCAGAUGGGCAGGAGAGGAGCAAUGGCAACAACCAAGGUCUACCAGCUCGGAUACUCCAAGGCUCGAAAUUAUGCUGGCGGCUAUGCGGAGUGGUCCAAAAAACAAAAAAAGUGAUUUAUAUAUAUAUAUUUUUUUUUUUAUUUUAAUAUUUGAUAGACUUCCAGAGUGCAUUAUGCUUAUUCACAUGUUAAAAUCAAGACAGGCAUGGACCCUGUUCCUUUUAUUGAGUUUUAAACAAUAAAUCAUGUUAUUUGAAAUAAAGAGUCUUGGU